AUGAGCAACCAAGAAGGCCGCAGAGUAACCGAGGAGGAGCUCUCGCGAGCAACUCGCUUCAGCGACUUCAGUCUGGCGCGUCUCCUACCCGACGGCAAGACGGUCGUCAAGGCCGGCACAACCAUCCGUGAGACCGAGGGCAACACCAUGCGCUUCAUCCGGCAGCACACCAGCAUCCCCGUGCCGGAGGUAUACAACGUGUACAAGGAGUCGCAGCCCGGAGGAGGCACCGGCAGCGUCACCGUCAUCGUGAUGGAGUACGUCGAUGGCCAGCGGCUGGACGAGGCCUGGCCGGCCCUCACUCCGGACGAGAAGGCGUCCGUCCUGCAGCAGCUGCGCGGCUAUUUCCGGGAGCUGCGCCAGAUCAAGGGGGACUUCAUCGGCAGCGUGGACGGGUCGGCGUGCGAUGACCAGUUCCUGGAGAACGCGCCCGAGUCCUCGCGGGGCCCGUUCAAGACGGAGGCCGAGUUCAACCAGGCCUUGGCGAACGUCUGGCUCUCGGGGGAGGGAGGGCACGAGGAGGACCCGUUCCGGCGGCUUCUGGUCAAGAUCCUGUUCGAGGUCGGGCGGGGUCAUGAGAUUGUUUUGACGCACAACGACUUUGCCGCGCGGAAUAUAUUGGUGAGGGGGUCGACCGUCGUGGCGAUUCUGGAUUGGGAGUUUGCCGGCUUCUACCCGGAGUACUGGGAGUAUUGCAAGGCGCUGUGGCGGCCCGAGUGGGAUAGCGAGUGGAUUCGGGACGGGCUCGUGGAUAAGGUGCUGGAGCCGUAUCUGAAGGAGGUGGCGCUGAUUAUGAAUACGUCUUACACUAUCUUCUAA